CGGCUCCCUCCCCGCGGCUCCUGCCUCUCCGCAGCAGCUCCCGCACCCCGUUUCUCCGCGGCCCCCGCUCUCCGCCCCCUUCCCGCUCGCACUUCCCACGCCCCCUCUUCGCGUCCCUCUCCUCCCCUGGCCGCCCAGCCCAGGGCUCCAGCCGCUCCGGAGGAGGCGUGAAUCGCGCAGGAAUAUUGACUAAUUUGGGGUGGGGUGAGGGGGACCGUGGGCGAUGGAGCAGCCCGAGGACAUGGCGUCGCUCAGCGAGUUCGACUCCUUGGCGGGCAGCAUCCCAGCUACCAAGGUGGAGAUCACCGUGUCGUGCAGGAACCUCUUGGACAAAGACAUGUUUUCCAAGUCUGACCCAUUGUGUGUCAUGUACACUCAAGGGAUGGAGAACAAGCAAUGGCGGGAGUUUGGACGCACAGAGGUCAUUGAUAACACGCUCAACCCAGACUUCGUGCGCAAGUUCAUUGUGGAUUACUUCUUCGAGGAGAAACAGAACCUCCGUUUUGACCUAUACGACGUGGACUCCAAGAGCCCGGAUUUAUCUAAACAUGACUUUCUGGGCCAGGCCUUCUGUACCCUUGGAGAGAUCGUAGGGUCUUCUGGGAGCCGCCUGGAGAAGCCUCUCACGAUAGGAGCUUUCAGCCUCAACUCCCGAACAGGCAAACCUAUGCCAGCUGUGUCUAACGGAAGUGGUCUUUGGAUGGAAAGCUUCAGAACCACUGAUCCGGAAGCUUCCGGAGGUGUCCCGGGGAAGAAGUGUGGCUCCAUCAUCCUGUCUGCAGAGGAGCUGAGCAACUGUAGGGAUGUGGCCACAAUGCAGUUCUGUGCCAACAAGUUGGACAAGAAAGAUUUCUUCGGGAAAUCUGACCCCUUCUUGGUGUUCUACAGAAGCAAUGAGGAUGGAACGUUCACCAUCUGUCACAAGACCGAGGUCAUGAAGAACACCCUCAACCCGGUGUGGCAAACCUUUUCCAUCCCCGUGAGGGCCCUGUGCAAUGGGGACUAUGACAGGACCAUCAAGGUGGAGGUAUACGACUGGGAUCGGGAUGGCAGCCAUGACUUCAUUGGGGAGUUCACUACCAGCUACCGAGAGUUGGCACGCGGCCAGAGUCAGUUCAACAUCUAUGAGGUGAUAAACCCAAAAAAGAAAAUGAAGAAAAAGAAAUAUGUGAAUUCUGGCACGGUCACACUGCUUUCCUUCGCGGUAGAGUCAGAGAGCACCUUCCUGGACUACAUCAAAGGAGGGACACAGAUCAAUUUCACCGUGGCCAUUGACUUCACCGCCUCCAAUGGAAACCCCUCGCAGUCCACGUCCCUGCACUACAUGAGCCCCUACCAGCUGAAUGCCUAUGCGCUGGCGCUGACAGCCGUGGGGGAGAUCAUCCAGCAUUACGACAGCGACAAGAUGUUCCCUGCCCUGGGCUUCGGGGCCAAGCUGCCCCCCGAUGGCAGGGUGUCACAUGAGUUCCCACUGAAUGGCAACCAGGAGAACCCCUCAUGCUGUGGCAUUGACGGCAUCUUGGAGGCCUACCACAGCAGCCUUCGCACUGUGCAGCUCUAUGGCCCCACUAACUUCGCCCCUGUAGUCACCCAUGUAGCCAGGAAUGCUGCAACCGUGCAGGAUGGUUCCCAGUAUUCUGUUCUGCUCAUCAUCACUGAUGGCGUCAUCUCCGACAUGGCACAAACCAAGGAGGCCAUUGUCAAUGCUGCCAAACUCCCCAUGUCCAUCAUCAUUGUUGGUGUGGGCCAGGCCGAGUUCGAUGCCAUGGUGGAGCUAGAUGGCGAUGAUGUGCGGAUCUCCUCCCGGGGGAAACUGGCUGAACGGGACAUUGUCCAGUUUGUGCCCUUCCGGGACUAUGUGGACCGCACUGGCAACCAUGUUUUGAGCAUGGCCCGCCUGGCCCGGGACGUGCUGGCUGAGAUCCCUGACCAGCUGGUAUCCUACAUGAAGGCACAGGGCAUCCGCCCACGCCCACCACCGGCUGCACCAGCUCAGUCACCCCCACAGUCCCCAACCCACUCACCUCCUGGGUCCCCCCUGCACACUCAUAUCUGAAGCUUGCAGGACCAGGGGUCUGGAGGCUGAGGCUUCACUCCUUGUGGUUGCCUUCCCAGACUCUUCUUGGAGGGCUGGCAGGAGAUGGGGUGUCCAUGGCCUCACCCCACUUCCUGGCCUCAACUUCCCACCCAAACCCAGGAAACUGUGGGUGGGGUAGAAGAUGAGGGAUACACAAGAUUCUGGGGUUGAGUAGACUCCCUUAGCCUGUGUUGGAUAACCCCAGGACUCCCCUAUUCCUGCAGUUCAACUGGCCUCCAGCUCCUCUCCCUUCCUCCCUAGUGUCUAGUGUCCCCAGUCCCUAGAGAUCCCCUGUCCUGUUUCCAUGGAACCCUAGGCUGGUGGGCUACCAGGGAUGUGUGUCACUGACCCUCUUAGGGACACCAUAUGUAAGCAGAGCCUGUGGGCCAUCAGGGGCUGUGAUGGAGGCACGUUAACAUAGUGCCCCUUCACAAUUCUCAGAGGCUUGGUGG